AUGAAGGUGGCCAGCGCCGAGUGGGCCAGGCCCGGGCAGCGCGGCCGCCAAGUCGACGUCGAGCACAACCGGAGCGUGAGGCCCCGCCUGAACAGCAGGGGGUACCUCGCGGACAACUGUUCCGAGGGCGGCGCCGAGGAGGCCUCCCACGCGGUGAUGAACCUCCUCGGGAAGACGUUCAGGUACACCGCCGACCUCUCUGGUGCAGGCUGCGGCUGCGGCGCGGGCGUCCGGCUGGCGCCGCCGCUGCAGACCAGGCGGCGGGGGGGCGCGGCGCCGUGCUCCGACUGGCGCCACGGCCCGUGCGCCAAGGAGGACGGCCGGCAGUGCCCGCUCCCGUGCCCCGGGAUCGUGCUCCAGAUGGCGAACCAGUACGCCUGGUCCUCGAGCCUGCACGCCCGCGGAGACGCAUUAGGCGCCUCCACGGGCUUCGGCGGCCGCGUGGGCAACGCCAGCGGCUGGAGCGCGGAGACCUACCGCCCGGGGUCCGAGUGCAUCGACACGUCGUGGCCGUUCGAGGUGGCUGUGUCGUUCCCUGUCAACGAGGAGGGAACCCUCGCCGCAAUGGAGGUGAUUCUAUCCCAGGAUGGCAAGGACUGCCCGCUCGCGGGCCACGUGCGCUGGUACGAUGCGCCGAACGGCGUCGACGGCAUCAAGGAGUUGAGCGAGCUUCUGUCAGAAGGCAUGACGCCCGUGAUCGAGUACGUGAGGAUGAACGUAGACCGUGAGGAUAUCGAGGAGAUUGGUGCCCAAGGCGACCCCAGGCGCAGCUCGAUCAAGGUGACCAAGGUGGCCAGCACGGAAGCCCCGGGAGAGGACAAGGACGGGAAGGUGGAGCCCGCCGACGACCGCAAGGGCCGCCCCUUCGUGGUGGGCGUCGACGACUGGGCGCAGCAGCGCGUGGCGGACCAGAUGAAGAGGCGCGCCCCGAUCAGCGACCCGGACUACGUCCUGAACGUGGGGGACAACUUCUACUGGGGCGGGAUCCUCACCGACUGCGGGAAGCCCGUGAGUGAGCACGAGGACAAUAACGACCAGUGGGGCCAGAUCUUCGAGCGGAUGUAUACCGGCCCCGGGCUGGAUGACAAGCAGUGGCUGGGAGUCCUUGGGAACCACGACUACGGCGGUUUCCACUUCACGGCCGGCUGGGAUCAGGUGAUCUCCUACACGUGGGGAGGCCUCGAGGCCAGCACGGGCCGGUGGUUCACGCCCGCCCAGCACUACAGCGCGAAGGUGGUGUACCCAGGCUUCACCGUGGAUUAUUUUUUCGUGGACACCAACAUCUUCAACGCCUGGGACAACACCGCGGACUCCGAGCACAACAUCUGCGGUGCCGACCACAACGACGAAGGGGCCAGCUGCGGCGAGACCGGCCCGGGGAGCGUCGGCGACUGCCAGGGCUGGUUCCAGGAUUUGUUCAACAAUCAGAUGGUGUGGCUCGAGAAGCAGCUGGCCACAGUGACCAGCGAUUGGCAGAUCGUAGUGUCUCACUUCGCUGCCACCGCGUUCGGCACCGAGGAGUGGAAGAGGCUCUGCGACAAGUACGGCAUCGACCUCUUCGUCUCGGGACACGUCCACCACCAGGAGGUGGUGGGAAACAACGAUGGCAAUCCGAUCGCCCCGACGACGCAGCUGAUAUCGGGCGGCGGGGGUGGGAUCACCGCCGACGGCGCCCCAGAGCUCAGCGGCUACGACGACGCGUACGGCUUUUUCGAUAUCACGCUGUCGAAGGGAGUCAUCACGGUGGAGGCCAUCUCGCACGGGGGGAUCACCCGCAGCGUCACGGAUGUCUACGAGUGGAGCGUGGCGAAGAAAUUGACGACCAAAAAGCCUGCGGUGCCAUCAGUGCCCGAGCCCGAGGCUGGCGAUGGCUUCGUCGAUGAGGCUUUCAAGGUGGUCAUGCCGACUUGGGCGGAGGGCGGCACUUCCUGGUUCAGCCUCGAGGGCGGCGCGAACACGUCGUGCCUACAGGACGACGAGCCCCUCGUGUUCUACGGCGCGUCCUCCGUCGACGCGUGCCGGGCGGUCUGCGAGGGCCUGCCCUCCUGCGGGGGCAUGGAGUACAACCGGAAGAGGUCCAAGUGCAGCCUCUGGACGAGCGAGGUCGCCGCGACCGAGGAGGAUCCGCAGUCGCUGUGCCUCAGCUACAGGAAGGGCGAGCUGAACCCAGUGGUGACCCCCGAGCCCACGGCGGCGCCCACGGCGGCGCCCACCGCCGCGCCGACCACGGAGAAGCCGAAGCGGAGCGAACCCACCGGCCCGUCCCUGGACCUCUGCGGCGUGGACAUGAGCGUGUACGGCGUGGACUUCGUGAAGCUCUCGCGGGAGGACGGCCUCUCCAGGGCCUUCGAGGCGAAGGUCAAGGAGGCUCUCAUCGGCGUGCUCAUGAUCGCCAACAGCAUCACCGUCUUCCCCGGCAACAUCGCGCUGGAGCUGAGCCAGGGAGCGGCAGCCGCCACCUCCGAGCCGAGAAAGGACCCCGGUCGCCGCCUCGGGGAGCCAGGCUCGGUCCUCGUGCGCGCCUUCGUCACCCCGCCGUCCGGCGUGCUGCUCGACGAGCUGGUGUCCGCCCUGGGCGGCGAGCCAGAGGCCGUGGGCGCCGCGGUGGCGAAGAGCGUGUCUACCCUGCAGGACGUCGAGGCCAUCUCCUCGGGCCCCAUCAGCGUAGCCAAUGUGGUGGCGAAGGCCACUGAUGCUGCUGAGGCUCCGCCGCCGACCACGCCGCCGGCGACCAGUCUCUCGACUUCGACACCUCCAGAGGCGCCGAGGCGCCGCCCGCCCCCCGCCGGGGAGGGCGGCGCCCCGGGCCGGCCCUGGGUGGUGGCGCUGGGCGCCCUGGCCGCCCUCGCGGCCCUGGCGCUGGCGCUGUGGACUCUCCGCGGGAGGCUAGAGUACCUCGUCGGGCGCUUGCGCGACUCCGCGCUGCCAGGGGAGGACGAGCUCGUUAGCUGCCACAAGGACGACCGCGCCGCGGCCCUGGUGACGGAGGGGCGCGCGCCCCGGCGACUCGGAGGGACCGCCCGGGGGCGCGCCGACUCGGCGGGCGGUGUCUCGCCGCCGCAGCGCAAGGGCGGACACCAGGACGAGGUCUCCCACGCCUCCACGCAGCGGCCCGGCAGCCCGGAGGUGGCCUAG